GGUCGUGUUUUCACGCGCUGGCAGUUAGUUGCAGUCUGCAGGAGCAGCUUCGACGUGUUUACGUUUCACUGGAAAGAAAUGGCUCUGAAGACGGUGGGCACCACGCUGUCCCGCACAUUGUGGGCCAAGGGUAACAGGACCCCUCCCGUGGGACGGUCCCCCAAAGGGAGCAGACUGUCCACGACCUCGUGCAGGGAGCUCGGAGGUACCAAGCAGCAGCAGGAGGAGAAAACCAGCCAAAAAGAAGGGCAGAGCUGCGGCUCGGACUCGUCUCACAGCAGCAGCGAGCCGCCACACUGCAAAUGUCCGAGCGGGGACAAGAAGAGGCUGAAGGAGGCGGUGGGGGCUCCGGGGGUCCCGGGCGUCAGAAGACGGUGCUUCACCUCCAAAGCGGCUCCCAUGGACCAGACUUCCUACCUGUGGACUCGCUAUAACGACAUGAAGCGGCUUGUUUACGACCUGAUCCCACCAGGUGCGUGUAAAAGCCUCAACUCCUCCGUCAUCUACGCCAACAAUGAGGUCAACUUGUCCGGGGUGGAUAUUUACGGCUUCGAUUACGACUACACCUUAGCACAGUACUCCAGCACUCUCAACAUGCUGAUCUACGACACAGCAAGAAGCUUCCUCAUUGAACACUUUAAGUACCCUAAAGGCAUCGCCAAAUAUGAUUACAUUCCUAACUUUACUGUCCGGGGUCUUCACUAUGACAUCCAAAAGGGUCUUCUAAUGAAAAUUGACGCCUUCCAUUACAUUGAGCCAGGAACAGUGUAUCGGGGUCUGAGUCCAUUGCCUGAUGAGGAUGUUCUUCAGCUCUAUGGGGGGACCUUCCAUGUCCCCCUGCAGCAGGACAGUGGUUUCUACGGGAAAGGGCCAAAGGUCAAGCAAUUUAUGGAUAUUUUCUCCAUUCCUGAGAUGACGCUCUUGGCCGUAGCGAACAACUAUUUCAUCAGCAACGACAUCGAUUACGACCCGGUCCACCUCUUUAAAGACGUCUCUGAAGCCAUCGGCAUGGUUCACCUCAAAGGCUACAUGUACAAGUGGAUCAUGCAGGAUCUGGACCAGUUUAUCCUGCGAGCCAAAGAGACGGACUCUGUUCUGCACAAACUGUCCAGUCAUGGAAAGAAGCUUUUCCUCAUCACCAACAGUCCCUUCAGCUUUGUGGAUAAAGGGAUGACGCACAUGGUGGGGAAAGACUGGAGGGACUUCUUUGACGUUGUGAUCGUGCAGGCAGACAAACCUCACUUCUUCACUGAUUGUAUCAAACCUUUCAGGCGUCUGGAUGGAAAUGGAGACCUGCGAUGGGAAAAGAUUACCAGUUUGGACAAAGGACAGAUUUACAAACAGGGGAACUUGUACGACUUUCUCCGACUGACAGGCUGGACAGGAUCAAAAGUUCUUUACUUUGGAGACCAUCUUUACAGUGACUUGGCUGACCUGAUGUUGCGUCACGGCUGGCGCACUGCAGCCAUCGUCCCUGAGCUGGAGGACGAAACCAAAGUGGUGAGCGCUCACCAGUACGCAACCACGCUCACGUGGCUGCAGGCUUUAACUGGACUGAUGGAGCGCCUUCAGAUUCACCGGGAUCCGGAGUCUAAGAAGGUUUUUGAGGAGUGGCAGAAGGAAAGAGAGGAGCUGCGGGUGAUGACGAAGAACUUGUUCAACCCGCAGUUCGGCAGCAUCUUCAGAACGUGUCACAACCCCACCUACUUCUCCAGGCGUCUGAGCAGAUUCUCAGACAUCUACAUGGCGUCUCUGAGCUGUCUGUUGAACUACGACCUUUCGUACACCUUCUACCCCCGCCGCACCCCUCUCCAGCACGAAGCCCCACUGUGGAUGGACCAGCUGUGCACGGGCUGCAUGAAGACUCCUCACCUGGAAGAUAUGUCGCACAUACGCUGAGAGCCGAGCUCUCCUCGCUGACUGAUUUGACCUUUAAGGUCUGGCAAACACUUGACAAAGCUGAUGGACACAGUUCAUUGCACAGGGUUUGUUUUUACUAAAAGGAGGUGCUGCACCUCCUUCCACAGGACACUCCUCAGUGAAUCCACUGGAGGGUGCUGUACAUCUGCAAGUUGCUGGUGACUGGAGGACCUGCCCAGGUUUUGUGCUAACAAGGAGUGACAGAGUCCGUCUCCAGCUGAAUCUGAGGAAGUUGUUAUACUGAGCUGCCGACGCACAAUUUUUAACAAAUAAAGACUAAAAUCUCUCGUCGUUUUGUGCUUUAAUGGUGAAACUUCAUGUAUAAUUUACCGUUCAGCAAAAUACCUCACUGUAUUAAAAAGAAAUGAGCGUGGAGUGAAAUUUCCAUGAAUUAAUAGGUGCAUGCAGCUUUUAUUUGUUUCCAGCCUCGUGAUUGGUUGCCUGGUUGCUAGGCAGCACAGUCUCCAAUCAAUUGUGAUUCAGUCUGCAACAUAAACUCAUUUGAUUCUUGCCUCCCGCCUGAAUGCUGCAGCGAAGGUAUCGUGCUUUGCUCCAUUAUGCUACGUGUUCUGGUGUGUAAAUGUUUGUUUUGAUGGUUGUAGCUGCGGGACGGAGCUUCAGCUGAACUCGGCCCGCUAGAAGAGCUAAAAGUGGAUUUUGUUCCAGGUUUUGUUGCAUUGUCCCGUCCAGGAAUACAGUUUUCUCAUUUGUUACAUUGUAAAGCAGUUUGUGCUUUGUUGUGAUGAUGAGAGUAAAUGCCAAUAAACACAAUAAAAUAA